AUGUCUGGAAUCUUGAACGAAGCUGUCACCCCUUGUCCGUCGAGGUCGAGAUCCUCAGGCAUCGGCGAAGACAGCGGCAGCGAGUGGGCCAGUUUGCUGGAGGGAGACUCAUAUCGUGAGCCCACUGGACAGAUUGAAUUUACUACGGAAGUACGAGCACCGACACUUACUGGGGUACGGCCUCGACGAGCCAACCGAGCUAGUUCUGCUUUUCAGAUCCUGGAGGAUGUGGUGGAGAAGCCCACUGGUCCAGCAGAGAAACGAAAAAGACCAAAUGGAGUAACCAGGCUCCCCUCGGAUCGCAAAUCAUCCUUGCUUGCUCAGCCGGCCCAACGAUUUCGCCCGAAAGUCAACUUUGCCCCGAGUCCACCAUCCCGACUUGUGAAACCAGAAACCGAGACACGACCGAAGACUCGAGGAUUCGGAACAAAGGCCGGGGACGGACCCCUACCCGAACUACAUCCAAGCUAUGGAGAAUCACACCAAGUUGGAAACGAAGAUGAGCUGAAGAAGCACGUCCGGCGCAAUACGGUGUAUAUCCCACCGGAUGAUACUACUGUGGCUAGCGUUUUCAUGGGGCUGUUCAGUCCACUUUUGAAGCCACGUGGAGAUUAUCUGCAACAGAUUGUGGAAGAUACACAGGUCAACACUCUCGAGGCCCGAAUCGCAAAGCGUCAAGCGAGAAAAUCAUCGACGGCGUACGCUCGCAAGGUUCCUCUACAGCCAAGUGCGAAGAUUGCCCAGGAAGCCGCAGCAAGGGUCGAUGUUGUCGGUAAAAAUGGCGGCAAAGAAAAUAUCCCCCCAGGUACACUCAUCGACAUUGAAAAGAAGAGCACCACGAAGUUGGUCCCAGCAUCAAAUCCCAAGCUGGUCAGCACCGUAUCGAUAGCAAAGCCCGUUUAUCGCAAUACUGCAAACCAAGCAUCGAAGCCAAAGACAGCAGAUCUUGUUACUUCAGCACCGAAGAAGGAAGAAUGGAAGCGCGAUGUGCUGAGAGAAAAACAAGACAAUGCGAGAUCCCAGCCACCUCGUGUCCAUCGUGAACAAGGCUUCUCUAGGGAAUCAAAAGCUCCAUUCAAAGCCUCCGCAUCGCUCAAUGCUAGGGCAUCUGCUUUGUCGGAUCGCCUUGGACAUUCAACAUCAAAUCGCUCUUCAAGAGCUGGAAAAAUAUCGAAGUUGGAGGAGCUGAACCAUCAAUAUCCCAUGCUCAUCGACAACAUUUCAAAACCUGCACUAUAUGAAGAGAAUUGGCUUUCUCAUCAGGAAACAGUGAUUACACAGCUAGUGAAUGCGUUGUUCGAGUGCACAAAUGGCGAUUUGGACACCUACGACCCGAAUGCUCUUCGCUUGGAAUUGCUUGAACUCUACCACACCGAGUACUUCACCCAGCUCUAUAGCCGACUGCAAGCGUCCUUGUCAUGUGGAAACUUGAGCGUUCCCAAAGACAUUCUCUCCCGCAACAGUCGUCUGAGGCACGAUCUGGGUCUUCGACGCAGAUACCUUGACAUUUGGAUUCAAUCGUAUGACCUCCGUGCCCUGACAGCAGCCUUGGAGACGGUUGUUGGUCGAAAGGUUUCAAGUGAUGCGGGCUUUUUCGAGACUGGUGCUGAAGCUUUCCAAGAGUGCACUGCAAAGCACCAGAAAACGAUACUCCGUAAAUUGGAGGGCUUUCUUGAGGCAUUCUUGCUGCGCAACGAUGACGUUGAUCUGUCCGUACCUGGAACCAAGGACAGUUCGACAGAGAUUCAAGCGAAGGCUUAUCGUCGGACAGUGCUUCGAAGCAUCAUGAUGGUUGUUCUCCUCGACCAGGGACGACAGUCUCUUAGAACUGGUCUUCCAUGUCGCCUUUUUGUGGCAUCUUCGCCUUUCAAAUCUUCUGUUGAAGUACUUCAGGGCUUGGCACGUUUGCUUCUUCCUUCUUGCGGUGAUAUUAUGAAGCCGUUGAGCCAUCUUGGUUGCCAUCUAUCUUACAAGCAGCACCAACUCCAGGAGUAUAGCUACCAGAUCGACAACAUUGCUGUAGACCUGAGAGAUGGUGUACGGCUGACCCGCAUGGUCGAAAUUCUUUUCUUCAAUUCAGAACAUGUACGGUCUGAUGUGGAAGAUCAGACGGAGGUCACCCUGUCUACUGGGCAGGCUCUUUCAUUGCCAGGGGACGAAAGAGACCUUCCUCUUUCCAAGCACUUGAAAUAUCCGUGCGUCAGUCGUGCUGCCAAGGUCUUCAAUGUACAAAUCGCUCUCUCUGCGUUGAGCUCCGUGCGAGGAUCUGGUGCGAUUGUCCAAGGCCUGCUGGCUGAAGACAUCGUUGAUGGUUAUCGCGAGAAGACCAUCGCACUUCUUUGGGCCCUGGUGAGCAAAUGGGGCUUGGCUGGUCUAGUCGACUGGGACGACGUUAGCAAGGAAGUCUCACGGCUGAAGCAAAAGGCUCUUUCGCUUGGCCACGAGAAUAUCCAGUAUGAGACUUCGUGCAUGGCCAGCAAGUCCAGCGAAGGUGAUGAACAUGCCCAUCUACUUCAACAGUGGGCUGCAAUCUUGGCGGCUCUGAGGGGCCUUUCCAUCAACAAUAUGACAACCAAGUUUGCGGACGGAAAGGUUUACGAAAGUAUCGUUGAUGAAUACGAGCCAUACAUCACUGGCAAUCCCCGUCUAGUGACAGCCACGCAGCCCAGUCUAUCAUUGGAAACACGCCUGCGCUUGCUGGGAUGUAGCUCCCAAUUCGCACAUCUCGUCUCCCCCGGUACAUUAUCCUCGCACAUUCUCGACCGCGAUUUCACCCUUGGUGCCCUCGCAUUCCUCUGUUCUCGAUUGCUCUCGGCAUCGAGGCGCUGCCGCGCAGCCACAGUGCUGCAGCGCGCUUGGCGAGCCCGCCUCGCAGUUCAACACAACUUUCGUCGCACCGUUGCCAAGAAUCUUGCCACCCACUGCGCAGCCGUUGUUCAAACACGAGACGAGAUCCUGUGGGCCAAGGGCGUGAUUACUCGACAUUGGAGACAGCACAAGGCUCGCCAGCAGUGCAAGGCACACGAUUUGCGCAAAUUUGACUAUCCCCGCGUUAAGACCGCCGGUCGUCGUCUUUGA